AUGUCCAAAGCAGCUCCUGCAAAACCAGCGGCCGCGGCCCCACCUCCUGGAUGUACCCUGGAUAUCAAUGACCCCCAGGUGCAGAGCGCGCCCAUUCGCAUUCAGGCCUCUUACCGGGGCCACAUGUCCUGGAAGGAGCUGUGCGAGAAGGGGCCACCGCGGGUGCUGUAGGCGCUGAAGGACGUGGUGCUGAUCGAGGGCAGCGCUGCCAAGCUGACUUGCCGCAUUUCGGCUUUCCCGAAUCCGUUCUUCCGCUGGAGCAAGGACGGCAAGGAGCUGCGCGACGGGCCCAAGUACCGCUACGUCUUCGAGGACCCCGACGUAGUGGCACUGGUGGUGCGCGAUGGCGAGCUGGCAGACCUGGGCCAGUACAGCAUCAACGUAACCAACUCCUUUGGCCAGUGCUCCGACUCAGCGCGCAUCCUCGUAGAAGUCCCGGCGAAGAUUCAAAAGGGACCGGACAACACCAAGGCUCGCAAAGGCACCACGGUGACUCUGACCGCGGAGAUCAUGGGCGAGCCUGCGCCCGACGUGGCCUGGACCAAGGACGGGGAGGACAUCGAGGAGGACGACAGGGUGUUCUCCGAGAUCGGCAGCACCACCACGACGCUGACCAUUCGCCGGGCCACUCCCGAGGACAGCGGCAAGUACGAGGUGUACGUAGAGAACAGCCUGGGCAUGGACCAGAGCUUCGCUCGCGUGGAAGUGGCCUGAAAAGGACCGUCCGACCUUUCGCCCUGGCUCCAAGCCCGGCGGCGGGUGGGACCGACAACCCUCGUUCAUCUGGCUUAAUAGCUCUCUCUGACCCUCCGCGUCCAUUCUGUUCUGUAGCGUCGCCAUUCCCUGUCCCCCGCACCCGCGCGCACACUUAUUCCAGACCCGCACACCAAGGUCACAGGAUGUCGGAGUCAGAGGGACGUCUGGAGACCUCCCAGCCCAGUGCUUCAUUUUACAGAAAGCUAAUCUGAGAUAGGGUUUUUUUCGCCGUCGGACGCUCCGUCAUUUGCCAGCCGGACAAUGCCGUGGAGCCUAGCACUUCGCCUGGCCUUCUUUCGUGUGCCUGAAGCCACCUCCCGCGGCAGUUUGCGCCCUGGCCCCGCCGCUUCCAAGCCCCCUGCGUCCCCGUGGUCUCCAGUCCCGCUUCUCCCUGUGACUGAGUUAGUUCUCCACUUAGGCUGCUGCCCCCGAGCCCAUUCCCCUAUAGCUGGGCUCCCAGUCUUAGGCUCUAGCCGCUGCUUCUCAGGCUCCAGCCUUCUACUCAUUA